GGCGCCGGGGAGCGGGCCACUGUGAGUCAGUACAUCAUGACGACAGCUCCUGACAGUGCUCGCCUUCCCAGCUUCUGGGUGUCCCUUCAGGUGUUGUGGUCUUAGCUGUGAGAGGGGAAGGGCGUGAGGCGUUUCUGAUCCGACAGUAUGGAGGAAGGAAGAGGCGACAACUUCGAAGGUGUGAGCACCGACCGCCUGAAAAUGGAGUCACUGGAGGAAAUCCGUUUGAAGGAUAUAGUGCAACUAUCAAUGCUUGAAAUAAGACGCAAGAUAGCGGAACUGGAAGCCAAACUCAAUUCUGAUGAUGAAGGUGGUGAAUGGAAAAUUCAUUAUGAGACACAACUUGAACUGAAUGAUCAACUAGAAGAGAAGAGAAUUGAUUGUCUUCUAUCUGUGUCUAUGAACAAAUGCCAGUGUCUCAUCAUGCCACUUGAAUACUUAAAUACAUUACUUAAACAGCUAGGAAAAGAGAAAAGAAGCCUUGAAAAUCAAGUGAAAGACUGUGCACUGAGACUGGAACAAGAAUCAAAGGCUUACCACAAGACCAACAAUGAGCACCGUAGAUACCUAGCUGAAAUGUCUCAGGUCUCUGACUCAUACCAAGUUUCUAAAAGGCAACAGAUGGAUCAACUGCCUAGAAUGAAAGAGAAGCUAGUGAAAAUGGGAAGAUAUAAUCCAGUUAAUCGGAAGACAAUGAAUGCCAAGAGAGGACCAGUAAAAAAGAUUACGAGAUCAAACCAUCUUCCAAAACUCAAUCUAUAAUUCUAGAACUGGGUGGAUUUCUAUUUCUUCCCUCUUUUCAUCUAUAAUAUUCAACUUGUGAAGUUAAUGUUGAACACAUUUUUCAGAGAAUGAAAUAGACAAAAAGAGCUAUCAAACUUCUCUUUAGCUCCUCCUCUUCCAGAAGUUUGUUCCUUUGUCUGUAUGAAAGUAAUUUUUUAAGUGAUCCUAAAAUAUCUAAUAGCAUUGCUUAUGAUUUAAAAAAUAUCCUAGGAGG